AAAUGAUUUUAGCAGUGGAAGUUAUAAACUGCAGAGACCUAAAGAAAUCAUCAUGAAGCUAUAUGUAUUUCUGGUCAACACUGGAACUACGCUUACCUUUGAUACGGAACUUGCUGUACAAAAUGUGGCUGAUCUGAAACAUGCAAUUCAAACAAAGUACAAGAUUGCCAUUCAGCACCAAGUACUGGUUGUCAAUGGAGGAGAGUGUAUGGCACCGGACAGGAGAGUGUGUAGUUACAGUGCUGGAACAGAUACCAACCCAAUUUUUUUAUUCAACAAAGAAAUGAUCUUGUGUGAACGUCCACCAGCUAUCCCCAAAACCACAUUUUCAGCAGAGAAUGAGAUGGAAUUGAAAGUAGAAGAAUCUCUCAUGAUGCCUGCAGUGUUUCAUACAGUAGCAUCACGCACGCAGCUUGCUGUGGAAAUGUAUGAGGUUGCCAAGAAACUUUGCUCCUUUUGUGAAGGUCUUGUACAUGAUGAACAUCUUCAGCAUCAAGGCUGGGCUGCUAUAAUGGCCAACUUGGAAGAUUGUACAUACUCUUACCAAAAGCUACUUUUCAAGUUUGAAAAUGUAUAUUCAAGCUAUUUGCAGUCCAUAGAUGAUAUCAAGUUGAAACUUACACACUUGGGUUCUGCUGUUUCUAUCAUGGCCAAGAUACCACUGCUGGAGUGCCUAACAAGACAUAGUUAUAGAGAGUGUUUAGGAAGACUGGAUUCUUCAGCUGAGCAUGGAGGGGCAGAAAGUGAAGAAACUGAGGAUGGGAAAUCUCCUGAAUUGGUGCUUUAUCCUGAUACAUCUAAAGUGAACAAUAAAUCAAUGUUAGCCUCGUUUUGCAAGUCAGUUGAACAUUCAGCUUUGGAAAGCACAGAUCCUGAAAACGUAAAAGAUGUUAAAGAAUCUGGUCAAAGUGCUACUGUCCAGGACAAUGAAACAUCAGUAGAAUUGAAAGAUGAUGAUCAGCCUUCCUUCAAUGUGUCUUUGUUAGACUGGAUAAAUGUUCAAGAUAGACCUAAUGAUGUUGAAUCACUGGUCAGAAAAUGUUUUGAUUCUAUGAGCAGGCUUGAUCCAAGGAUCAUUCAGCCCUUUCUGGCAGAAUGUCGACAAACUAUCGCCAAACUAGAUAAUCAGAACAUGAAGGCUAUUAAAGGCCUUGAGGAUAGGCUCUAUGCAUUGGACCAGAUGAUAGCAAGCUGCAGCAGACUAGUGAAUGAACAAAAAGAACUUGCUCAGGGAUUUUUGGCUAAUCAGAAGAGAGCUGAGAACUUAAAAGAUCCUUCUGUGCUGCCUGAUUUGUGUUUGAGUCAUGCAAAUCAGCUGAUGAUUAUGUUAACUAAUCACAGAAAACUGUUAGAUAUUAAGCAGAAAUGUACCACUGCCAAACAGGAGCUUGCAAAUAAUCUACAAGUCAGACUGAAGUGGUGUUGUUUUGUAAUGCUUCAUGCUGACCAAGAUGGAGAGAAACUACAAGCCCUGCUUCGUCUUGUAACAGAGCUCCUAGAAAGGGUCAAAGUUGUAGAGGCUCUCAGUACUGUUCCUCAAAUGUACUGUCUAGCUGUUGUUGAGGUUGUGAGGAGAAAAAUGUUCAUAAAACACUACAGGGAGUGGGCGGGUGCUUUAAUAAAAGAUGGGAAACACCUAUAUGAAGCUGAAAAGGCAAAAAGGGAAUCUUUUGGUAAACUAUUCAGGAAGUCUUUUCUAAGGAAUCGUUUGUUUAGAGGACUUGACUCCUGGCCUCCAUCCUUUUGUACACAAAAACCUCGAAGAUUUGACAGUGAGCUUCCAGAUAUCUCAUUAAAUGACUUGCAGUUUUUGCAGUCCUUUUGUCCUUCAGAAGUACAGCCGUUACUCAGGGUUCCCAUACUUUGUGACUUUGAACCUCUUCACCAGCAUGUACGUGCUCUACAUAACCUGGUAAAGGCAGCACAGAGUUUGGAUGAAAUGUCACAAACCAUUACAGACCUGCUGAAUGAACAAAAG